AUGGCUGAAGCUCCAAACUUUGUGUUAUUCGAGCAUGCCGUCGGAUAUACUCUGUUCAAAGUCAAGGAGUUUGAAGACAUUGGCAAUGUCACAUCUGAGGUAAGUCUACUUGUUAAUUUGUUUUUCAUUAAGUUUUAAAAGUAAAUUGUUUUAGAAAUAAAAAAGUAAGUUUAUAGAACAGGUUUCUUAUGUGUAUUUCUAAAAGUGGAUUUUGGUAUUAAUAGGUUAUUCAAGCAUAUUUGCUUUAGGUAGAGACAGCUUUGGCUGAUCCACAAAGGUUUGGAUCGAUCGUUGAAGUUCAAGCGUUUGAGCCUUUCAAGAACACUGAAGCUGCUUUAGAAAACUGCAACUGUAUCUCUGAAGGUUAGUUCAUUAUUACCUUUUGUGUAUUUUAUUAAUUUAGGUCUUGCUCAUACUGACUUGAUAAACUUCUUGGAAGCUAACCUGCCUAAAAAGAAGAAGAAGGCUUUGUUGGGAUUGGCUGAUCCGAAGGUGGCUUCUGCCAUAUCUGAGCAAAUUCCUGGCCUUAGACUCCAGCAUACUGGUAUUGUGCCAGAAGUUUUGAGGGGAAUUAGAAUGCAUUUCAAGCAUUUGUCCAAGAACUUCCCACAUAAGGCCUUGGACAAGGCUCAGCUUUCUUUGGGUCACUCUUACUCACGAUCCAAAGUCAAGUUCGAUGUACACAGAGUAGACAACAUGGUUAUUCAAUCUAUUGCCUUGCUUGAUCAGAUGGAUAAGGACAUUAACUUGUUUGGAAUGAGGAUCAGAGAAUGGUACUCUUACCACUACCCAGAGCUCUUCAAGCUUGUGCCAGAACAAUAUAAAUACAUCAAGUGUGCUACAACUAUCAUGGAUAGAACCACUUUGGAUGAGGAAAAGAUUGAAAAAUUAAAGGGUAAGUUAAUAUUUUAGUUGGUAAAGGUAUUUUUAGUUAAUUAUAAUAGAGUUCUCUGUAUAAUAUAUAAAGCAAAACAAUAUUUUGAUGAGUUGUCGCAUAUAAGCAAUGAUUUUUUAGAGAUUCUCGAAGACGACGAUAGAGUCGCAGCGAUUGUAGAAGCCGCUCGUACUUCGAUGGGAAUGGAGAUUGCUCCACUUGAUCUAACUAACAUCGAACUAUUCGGAAAGCGUGUAGCUUCGUUGUCAGAGUACAGAACUCGUCUUCACGAGUACAUCAAGGACAGAAUGGGUGCUUGUGCCCCAUCAUUGUCAGCUCUAAUUGGAGAACAAGUCGGAGCUCGCCUCAUCUCUCACGCAGGAUCUUUGACAAACUUGGCCAAGUACCCAGCUUCAACCGUUCAAAUUUUGGGAGCCGAAAAAGCUUUGUUCAGAGCUUUGAAGACGAGAACGAACACUCCAAAACACGGAUUGCUGUUUCACUCAAGCUUCAUUGGAAAAGCCUCUCUCAAGAACAAGGGAAGAAUCUCCAGAUUCUUGGCUAACAAGUGCACGAUCGCUUCCAGAAUCGAUUGUUUCUCGGAUGUCCCAGUUGCAACUUUUGGAGAAUUCUUGAAACAGCAGGUGGAAGACAGACUGGCCUACUUCGAAACUGGUCAAGUACCAGCCAAGAACUUGGAAGUCAUGAAGCAGGCUACAGAAGAAGCAGAACCAGCUAUUGCUAAGGUAAGAAUCUUUUUGAUCAAAGUUGUCAAAGUACGUAUUUAGCUUAUAUUGUGCUCAACAAGUUCAUCAGAUAAUAGUCCGUUCAAUUACUAAAAUUUCUAAAUUUAGGUGUUGAAAAAGAGAAAGAAGGCCGCCAAAAAGGCUAAGAAGGCAGCCGAAGAAGCUAACCAAACCAACGGUCAUGAUACCACAGGUCAAACAGAAAUCGAAGAAGUAAUGGAAGUCGACGAAGACGAACCAAAACCCAAGAAAAAGAAGAAGUCGAAGAAGGUCCAGGAAGUAGAGGUACAGUAG